AUGGAGCUGCAGGACAAGGCGCAUGACCACGACCACAACCACGACGACCACGUCUUAGCCCGAGAUGGUGGCAGCCCACACAUUCCACACCAGUCCUCUGCGCCCAAGAAUGUCGAUUCCUCCUCUCUGCAGUGCUGCUGUGGACGUCUGGACUGUGCAUACCUCAGGCACAACAAUGUGGCUCUCGAAGACCUCGAAAAGGAUCUAGAGACUGCUGCUCGACUUGGCCAGGCUUUGCUGCAACGGCACGAAACGUAUGUUUCCGACGCCGAAUCCGACCGUCUGCGUAUGGUAGCUGAGAUGGAGCGCCUGGAACGCGACCGCAUGGAGAUGCAGGCCGCCAACGCCCGCAUCGUCGAGGAGAACCGCAGUCUGCUCGAGCAGCUCGAGGGCCUCAACGAUGCCGUUGCCACGUCCGACUCUGAGGUCACGGCCCUCACCCACCGCCUCGAGCAAACGCAGCUGGAGCUGAACGAGCUGGCUGCGUCUGCUGCCAGGGCUGCCCAGCUCGAGUCGCAGCUCAGCGCUAUUGAGGCUGAGCAGCUGCAGCUGCAGCAACAAUUAAUCCUAACCCAGGAGGACGAAAAGUCGGCUAUUCACCGGUGGAAGAAAGCCGAGACGACGCUGCGUGAUCUGCAGGACCAGUUGGACCGGCUAGAGUAUGAAGCGCGCACGGAGAGAGAACAGCACACGCAAAUCGUCGAGCGCAUGGAACGCCGGAGAGUUGUCGAGCGGGAGCUUGACUGGGCUGCUGGCCGACUCAAAGGUGCCGCCGCCACAUCAGCCAUGGAUCGAAGCCAGAAUACUACGACUCCGGUGGUCUCCAAGUUUGUGCGCGACAUCUUGCAGGACAAUGCCAACCUGCAAAUGGGCAUUGUCGAGCUGCGAGAGCUGCUUGAAAAUUCCAACCAAGAAGUCGAAAAUCUACGAGAGCAGGUCUUGCAGCACCAGCCUAUCCCCGAGGGCUCCGAUUUGGAAAGACCCCAGAAUAUGUCUCGUCUGGAUGAAGAGCUUAGAUCGAAAGAGCCUCGUCCUGUUUCUCAAGAAUUCCACGUCCACCACCACUACCAUUCCCCGACGCCGUCUACCGGCAGUGUGAAGAAGGAGAAACAACCUCUUCGUCGCCCAAAGAAAAAGCGACCUUCGCUGGUGUCAUCUUCGGGUAUACACACGCCGAGAUCGUCAUCAUCAUACCACCGCUCGCAACAUUCAUCCUCCUCAACAUCAACCAUCAUGUCACAAACAUCUGUUUCAAUUCCGACUUCCCAACGUUAUUCCUUGUAUUCCCCGGGGCUUUCCUCGUUGGCCAGUUCCCCGGUUUCGGCCUAUCAGCCGCCGUCGAUAUUCGACGUCGUGGACCAGAGUGAGAUCUCUCGUCCGUCAAGCCCGGAGAGUUUUGCUUUUGCUUCUCCCAAGAGAGGCUCUCGACGAAGUCGGAUCUCUGAUGCAUCGAUUCGAUCGUUUUCCAUGCCCGCUGGCUUUCAAGGCUUGCAGGGACUACCGUCUACGGAACUGGAUGAACCGGAUCUUGUUCCCGAAGAGCCUGAAAAUGUUCCCACAGCUCCCACAGGAGACGACUUGUGGUUACAUCCCGCUAUCCCUGAGGAGCAGGAAGAAGCGGCAGUUGCAGAACAAGAGGACACGGCAGCCCAGCACGAAGAGCACGAAACACCAACACAUGCACAAGACGAGCCUGGCCCGGACAUCGCAGAAGACGACACAUUCGAGCCUAUGCAAUACCGCUCUCUCCGAAAAUCGUCGUCACACGAGAGUCUCCUCUCGGUGUCUGGAAUGGACAUUCACACGUUGCGCGAACGCCCGUCGCAACUGCUCGUUGCCAUGAACUCGCAGUACUUCUACCAGCGCCCGCGCCGUGUUGUGUCUACCGUCACUGAACUAUCUUCCACUCCGCCGGUGAUCUCGACCAUGAACAUUACAGCCGACAAAGCAUCAAUAGCGCCUACUCGCAAGACGUCUCAAUCAUUACUGGCCACUGUGGCCGCCAAAAACAUUCCCCAGUCAGCUACCAGCACCACCACUACUGGUAGUACUUCUUCCGAGUCUACCUCUGCACCAAGCAGACCCGUCCCAAUCACGGGUAAAGCAUCGACCAUUGGUCGAAAAGUAGGCGGAUGGGUCCGGGGCCGCUGGGGCGUCGCGCCAUCUGCCUCAAUGGACGAUUUACGCCAGAACGAAUCGGCGGCGGAAACGUCGAGUAUAUCGAGCGAGUCUACCUUGACAUCGACGGCUGCUAAAUCUUCUGACGCAUCAACAUCCUCAGAUGCGACCAAACCUGCUGAUCCCACCGCUUCUUCUGCUAAACAGCGCAAUAAUGCGCUACCGAUAUUGAUGAUGCGUGCCUCUGGCAUUAAUCAAAAAGGCGUCAUACCGGGAUUCUUCCCUUCUGCUCCGGCGCCAGUCUCGAUUCAUGCCAAUGUGCUUGAUCAACAGUUGUUGGAGGAGAGUUUGAGGGAGUAG